AUGUCUUCUUUUCUCCCCGUCAAUACCAUCUCCUCGCCACCCGACCGCAUGAUGGAGGACGCGACCACGCCAACCACCCCUCGGGCCCCCGAGGCGCAAAAUCCCUCCAGGCCGAUCGAAGCCACAAAAGGUGAAAGCACCCCCCGAAGCGUAAGCAAUAGCAACGACCCCGCAUCUCGACUCUCAGAUUCCCACAGUCUUCCAUCAGCAUCGGAUGAUCCGGCGCACGCAGAUUCGGAUGGAGACCGUGAAGGCUCGGACCAUGACUCGGACCACAAGGGCAAUGCUCCGCCGUCCAAGAAGAAGAAGGGACAACGGUUCUACUGCACAGAUUAUCCGCCCUGUAACCUAAGCUUUACCCGCAGUGAACAUCUGGCCCGACAUAUCCGAAAACAUACCGGGGAGCGCCCCUUCCAGUGCCACUGUUCGAGGCGAUUCUCGCGGCUGGAUAACUUGCGACAGCAUGCUCAGACUGUACAUGUCAAUGAGGAGAUUCCGGGCGAUUCCUUAGCCGCAACUGGGACCCGAUUUCAACGCCAGAUUCGAACCGACCGCGUGCGCCCGCCAGGUAGAGCGAGGGCUGGCACUGGGGGCAGCCAGGGGACCCAUAGCAGAGGCCACAGCAGAAAUUUGUCCGCCUCCAGUAUAGCUUCCACUGCAUCGACGUACAGCCAGCCCCAAGAAUUUCGCCGUCGACCUCCACCCUUGAUCAUGGCGAACGAUGGAAGAGCCCGGUUGGCCUUGGAUACGAUGGCAGAUCCCCCCAGUACCCCUCCAGGGCAGGUCCGUGGGAUCCCUGGUCAGGCUACCGCCGGCUCCCCUUACACAUCUUCUCAUAUUUUCGCCGCGGGGGGCAACGGCAGCGUUACUGCUUCACCCAUGUCCUCGGCAUCACACGGUUCAGGGUUCUGGGAAGGGAAGACGGCCGCUCGCCGUUUAUCGGUUCCAACGGGGGGCAACCCGUUUGCAUCGCACCCUGUCCACGCUUAUCCGCAUGGCUACCCAGGUGCCGCUGGUACCACACCGUACCACCCCCCCGGAGGGGUGUUUGCAAGCCCGGUCAGCUCCAAUUAUUCGUUGCCUCGCGAUGAGGCAGCCCACAGUGCUGCGGACGCAGAUUUGCGGAGACGAACUUGGCAUCCUUCAACGUACUCUACGGUACAUCGGCCUGCUACUAGUGGGCUGAACAGCUACCAGACCCCCGAAUCGGUUAAUGCAUCCUUUGGAUCUGGUACUUCGGGAGAGCAGCCGACACGGCUACCGGGAAUUGAAAGCUUCGAUAAGGUGGUCUCACAGCGCCCUCUCACCCCUCCUGUGCGCCGAUCCAGUCCCAUGCAAGUGGAUCAGCCGGGCAAACCGUCAUCCCACUAUAACUUUGGGGGAGGAUUUAGCUACAAUCAGCCCUCAGUGCGGCCGCCACCGCCUAUCUCUGGUCCGGGUCACCGUCGCGGACAUGUCUCCUGGGAUAUGUCGUUGCACACCAAUUUAACCGGAUUACAUAUUCGAGACAAGCCCGCGCAGAAGGACGCAUCGCACUGGAGCCAACAAACCAUAGCCGAGCUCCACAAUGUCGGCUCUCGUCCGUCGUCCUCGUACCAACAAAACUUCCAAGAAUAUCGAGCACACGGGAGCCACCAUCCCUCCCACAGUAACGCCACCUCGUCCUCUCAGGCCACACGAACGUCUCCCGAGGAUUCUAGUAGCAGUGAAGGAGUCCACACGCCUUCGACGGCGUCCCUUGAAUACCAUCCGGCGAUUGUACAUAACAGCGGGUAUAUCGAAGCACACCACACUCCCUUUUCGUCGGACACGUCUCAAGCAGCACCUCAGUCCGAUGGAUAUCAAGGGAAACAUGACCCCCGCUCCGACCUGUUCCACCACUCUCGAGAGCCUGGGAUGGGACGACUUGAAGCUCUAGUUGCUGUUGCAACGAGCGAAAAUAAAGGAACUGCGAAGCUUUUCGCAUGA